UCUAGCUUCUUACUCUCCCCUGGUCUGUACCGCAAAGAUUGCUAACUCCUCUGGUGAUAGCCUGUUUGGCCAUGGCUCCUAUUGCAAAAGCUGUAACGGUGUCGUUGCAAGACCUCAAGGACGGCACCGUGUCGUCAGAAACCCUCUACGAGGCCUUCGGGCCCGACUCGCUGGGGAUUCUGGUCGUCAAGGACGUGCCGCCCGAGUUUGCCAGUUUGAGGCACCACCUGCUGUCGUACUCGUCUUACCUGGGAAAUCUGCCCAAGUCAGAGCUCGACAAGCUCGAGAACGAGAAGGCAAAGUAUCUGACCGGUUGGUCCCUCGGCAAGGAGACGCUCAAGAACGGCCAGGUCGACACAUUGAAGGGCUCCUUCUACGCAAACUGUGCCUUCUACGUCGACCCCAAGCUGUCGUGUGCCGUGCCCACGGAGCAGUUCAACCCGGACAACUUCCCCGAGUACCUCUCGCCCAACAUCUGGCCCGGUGAAGAUACCCUUCCCGGGUUCAAGGAGACCUUCGAGAACCUUUGCCGGCUGAUCAUCGACGUGGCCGUCCUCGUGGCCAGGGCCUGCGACAGGUUCGCCCAGAAGGAGAUUCCUGGCUACCCGAGCGGCUACCUGGAGCGCGUCGUGAGCACCUCGACCACCACCAAGGCCCGCCUGCUGCACUACUUCCCCGAGGACCCCUCCAAGGAGCCGGCCCCCGUGUCCGUGUCGGACGAGGUCGCCAACAACAACGAUCCGGACGAGGACGACUGGUGCGCAACCCACCUCGACCACGGCUGUCUGACCGGCCUGACCUCGGCCAUGUUCGUCGACGAGUCCGAGUCGAGCCCGCUGGUGGCCGCGCCCGAGGUCGAGCCCGCCUCGCCCGGCGUGUCGCACCUCGCCCCGCUCCCCGAGCUGGACUCGUCGCCCGACCCGGCCGCCGGCUUGUACAUCAAGUCGCGCACCGGCCGGACGGUGCACGUCAAGAUCCCGCGCGACUGCAUCGCCUUCCAGACGGGCGAGGCCCUCGAGCGCAUCACGGCCGGCAAGUUCAAGGCGGUGCCGCACUUUGUCAGGGGCGCGAGGGCUGCCCUCUGCGACGGCCGGAUCGCCCGCAACACGCUCGCCGUGUUCACCCAGCCGAACCUGGACGAGGAAGUGGACAUGGAGCAGCACAUUACCUUUGGGGAAUUUGCCAGGGGCAUCGUUGCGAAGAAUACUGUUUCAUGAAUCUUGAAACAACGAAUGCGAAUAGUGCAAAUUCACACCCAAAAUCAUUGUUCGUUUUGUUUUGCGACUCUGCCACUGACGACACCCUGCGAGGUUGGAAAGUGUUGCUCGCGGUUCUUUUACAAGUUCCCAAAUUCCUGCUCGAAUCAAUGGCAACAAAAGAAUGGGUAGUUUUUUUUUUUUUAGAAAAAAAAUUCGCAGCCAAAGGAGCAAAGAAGAAAUGAUGAAUAGGUACAUAUUGCCUAGACACGAUCAAGAGAGCUCAGUAAAGCACGGAUACGGGAUACGGAGUACUCUACCCCUGUAUGUAUGUAUGUAUGUAUGUAUGUAAUCCGUACUCGGUGGUAUGCCUAUUAUUAAC